AUGGAACAGAGAGAACUUGUGGUCCGUACCCGUGAAGCCAGCUGCACUUUCGUUGGUGAUUUUUACACUUCGCGGGAGAAGACGUGUACUACGUACAACGGCAAUCUCCGCAGCACGCAACUACCAGGACUGGUGGUUGGACACAGAUACGGGGUGGAUUGCGGCCCGAAGAUCUGGCUGACGUUAGCCAUCGAUAUGUGGCUGAUUUGGCUGAUGAGAGCCAUUUUGACUUUGGCGGGCCGAACCGACAAUAGUAACGUGGAUCGCGUCAUCCAUGAAGCCAGGAACGGCGAAUAA